AUGAAUGACUUCCUGGCGGACCCAGAAUCACGCCCAGUGGAUAUGAAGAAGUCUACUGACGACCCUCAUUUCACCGAACAAAGGUCUCGGAGUAGUACUAAUCACUCUCACAAAAGCUCGAAUAGUAAUGAUGAGUACGAUUAUGAAAUGCAAAGUUAUUGGCCCAGACCAUCGUUCUCUAGAGGGCAGUCCCGUACAUCCUAUAUCCCACAAUAUUCGACGUACAAUGGUGGACAGUUUCCAAUGCAUCAUGUUGUGCCUAAUACUCAAAUGGCUAUGUCCUCUAGUGCCGACACUUCUGGUGGUGCGAACGGCCAUUUGCCUGGUACUGAAAAUUCAAAAUCAGAGCUCAGACCAAGGGCUACGACUGUAUCGUCGAAUUUCGUCAACCUUGGUGAGUUCUUUAGGAAUAAUGACGAUAUGGAAUCUCAUCAUACCUCGGAUCAUAGGUCUCAUCGUGGCUCAACGAGCAACAAGUCUAAUACUGACCAUUCUUAUUCAAAUGAAGAUAACGAGUCUGAUCCAAGGAAUGUACCGAUGAUGGUGAGACCAAAGACUCUGUACCAAAAUCCUCAAACUCCGACAGUUCUUCCUUCGACCUACCAUCCCAUUAAUAAAUGGUCCACAGUGAAACACAGCUAUUUGAAAGAAUUUCUGGCAGAGUUUAUGGGUACCAUGAUAAUGGUUGGAUUUGGUAGCGCUGUUUGUUGCCAGGUUUUUGCCGCUGGGAAGAUUCAGCAGAAUCAAUUCGAUGAUGCAUUGUCACUGCUGACCAAUGCAUCGGGCGAACUUGUUGAGACUGCAAAGACUUUCAAGUAUUUGGUUACAUCAGUAAACGGUGGUACUUUCGACGACGUAGCCUUUGGUUGGGCAGGGGCCGUAGUGAUGGGUUAUUUCUGCGCCGGAGGUAGUGCUAUCUCUGGUGCGCAUCUUAACCCAUCGAUCACAGUAGCCAAUUACAUCUUUAGAGGUUUCCCAUCCAAAAAGAUUCCAUACUAUAUUGCGGGACAACUGACUGGUGGCUUUGUUGGUGCAUUGAUCAUAUUCAUUUUUUACAAGAAAGUUCUUCAAGAAGCUUACACUGAGUGGUGGACAUCAGAGAGCGUUGCAUCGAUGUUUUGUGUCUUCCCCAAACCAUAUUUAUCAUCGACUCGUCAAUUUGUUUCCGAAUUUGUAUGCACUGCAAUGCUACAAGCUAGUACUUUCGCCCUGACAGAUCCUUACACAUGUUUAUCCUCCGAUAUUUUCCCGCUGUUGUUGUUCGUCCAGAUCUACGUUAUAAACGCUUCUUUGUCGUACCAGACAGGCUCAGCGAUGAACAUGGCUCGUGAUUUGGGCCCUCGUCUAGCGUUGUACGCUGUUGGGUUUGAGAGAUCAGUGCUUUGGAGCUCUCACAAGCAUUUUUUCUGGGUCCCCAUCGUAGCACCUUUGGUAGGUUCAAUGACCGGUGCCCUAGUGUACGAUGUCUGCAUUUAUCAGGGACAUGAGUCCCCUGUGAACUGGCCGUUAUCUGUAUAUAAAGACAUGAUUUUGAGAGCGUGGAUCAGAAGACCUGGCUGGAAGAAGAGAAACAGAGGAAGGGCUACUUCAGAUCUCAGUGACUUCUCGUACGAUGAUGAUGAUGAUGAUGAUAAUAAUAAUGAUCAGGAUAACGAUAGCCAAAACAGAUUGGCACCUCCAAGAACGAGGACCCGCUCAACUGGUUCUGAUACAGAGGAUCAACCAAGACAAAAAGGUGUACAAUUCAAAUCAAUGCAAGGUAGAGCCAAGAGAUUCUACGGCGGUGUGCCAACUAUUCUGGAGGAUGAGGAUUCGAUAGCCACCGCAUCACUAGGUGGUGCUGCAUCCGAAUCAGUCGCGCUGUCCGAUGAAUCAUCCACUGAGGGCAACAAUGAAGUUGAUGACGGGGAGCACGAUAGAAAGACAAGGUAG